UUAAAUUUUUUACAGUGAAAAGCCUUUCCCCCAUCGUAGCUGCAAGUGCGACUGCAUUUGAAACUAUAACAUCAACCGUGUUUAUAUCGAAGAAACAUAAGCCAUGAGGAUAUGCAUAGCCGGCGUGAUAAUCGCCUUCGUUAUCCUGAUGCAAGACCCCAUUGAGGCGACGCCCUUCACCAUCCUGAGGGCCUUGUUGGCACCGCCGGUCCACCGACUUACCCGUUCCAGCAAAGCGUCUCCUCAGCAACUCAGGCUGAAGAAUUCAUUUGCAGUCUCUGACUUUCUGGGAUUAGUUAAUCAGUAUGAUUAUCCAGCCGAGGAGCACAACGUGACGACCACGGACGGCUACAAUCUAAGAAUCCACAGAAUUCCCGGCAGCGUGCGUUCAUCUUCGGUCAAAAAGAAGCCCGUAGUUUUCAUACAGCAUGGCUUCGUGAUGUCGUCUGACAGUUGGGUUUUAAUGGGCCCUGAAAAGGAUUUAGUAUUUCUACUCGCGGACGCCGGGUACGAUGUGUGGGUCGGCAACUUUCGAGGCAAUUCGUACUCAAGAUCUCACAACGUUCUAAGUCCCGAUGAUCCGAAAUUUUGGAAAUUCAGUUUCCACGAAAUGGCGUACUACGACCUUCCGGCUAUGAUAGACUACGCUCUCGACCAUACUGGCCAAAAGAGUUUGAUCUACAUCGGACACUCCAUGGGGACGACUGCUAGCUAUAUUCUGCUCUCGAACAGACCGGAGUACAACAAGCGAUUGCGAUUGGUUGUCAGUUUAGCACCAAUCGCCUACUGGAAGAAUGCACGUACGGGAGUCCCAAAAUUUCUUGUUGACAACGGUAAUUUCAUCGAGCGAACGUUUCGUAAUCAGGGCAUUUUCGGACUAUAUCCAGAAAACACUCUAGUCGCACGACUGGCAGACUCACUGUGCAACGAAAAAGCUGCUACCCACAGAAUUUGCGUAAAUGCAAUCUAUGCUUUUGUUGGAUUCGACCCCGUGCAAUUCAACACUAGUCUUAUUCCUUACUUCGCGAACUACCUUCCUUCCGGGGCGUCGCUCCAGACGUUGAUGCACUUUUAUCAGCACAUGUCUACCGGUAAGUUCAGGCAGUACGAUUACGGCCAAAUCGAGAAUUUCGGACGCUACCAGCAGGCCGAACCACCGGCUUACGACGUCUCCAAGAUCACGGCACCAGUCGCUCUCUUCUACGGUAGGAACGACGCCCUUUCCCUCGAAGUGGACGUUAUGGAACUGAGGAAAAGGCUGCGGAACGUUGUAGCUUCUGUCGCAAUAUCUUACCCGGCGUUCAAUCACCUUGACUUCAUAUGGGCUACCGACGCCAAACGUCUUCUGUACGACGAUGUCAUAGAAUUCAUUCACCGAUACAAAUAAAACAGGCUUCUAUUUCA